CAUUUUUUUUUAAUUUAUACUUUUAUGCUGCAAACGAUUAAAUUUUUGACCAAUUGGGGGAUGCCUAUAAACAACUUGACCAAAAAGGGGGGAGGAGAAGGGUAGAAGUUUACAAAACAUUUUUUAAUACAUUUUUUUAUUUGUAUGCACCGUUGACAUCGACCAAAGACUUAAACCCCCCUCCUCCUCCGUACACCUCCAUUUUUACGUAGUUUUUGGACAGCUCUUUAGUUGACAGCCUCAUAUUAUCCUUGCCAUUCUCCCUCUUCUUGCACAGUUUUAAGUAGAAAUGUUUUCAUGUGCAUAUAUUAGUUCCGGUACCGAAGUGAAGAUAGUACUAACGUGUUUUGUUUUGAUCCUGACACUUGUCUUGGCCGCUUCCGUUCCUCAAUCGUUGCUUUUCUACAUACGUGUUAAGGCUUAAAAUCGAGUGUAGCAUUAUUGGUGCAUCUAAAUUCAAAACAAAAAUUGGUGAGACAGUAAGAUUUUACGUGUAUCAAUUGAUAUUCAUCGUGCUAUUUGGCAGGAAAUGGUGUUUUCUGCGCAGAUCAAGCCGAAGCGGAAGAGCUUAACGCUGAAGCAAAAACUGGAUAUCAUCAGUAAGUUGGAAAAUCAGUCAGAAAACAAAACUGUCCUUGCGAAAGAAUAUGGUGUUAAUCGUGCCACAAUACGGAAGAUUGAGCUUAAGAAGCAGAAGUUGUUGGAGGCUGCUUCCAACAAAGGACACCGAAAAUCUAAAGCAAAAUAUAUUUCCUUUGGCAAGCAUCAUCAUUUGGAGCAGGCCUUGUUUUUUUGGUUCCUCCAAAUGCGAUCUAAACGUAAAAAUGUGACGAACAAUUUACUUCUGGCAAAGGCCAAAACUUUCGCCAAUGAAUUCGAUGUCGAUGACAGCUUUAAGUUCAGUGAAACGUGGGUUCGGAACUUUAAAAAACGACACGGAAUCAAGCGGCUGAAAAUUUCGGGGGAGAAGUUGUCUUGUGAUGCCUCCAGUGUCGAGCCCUUCAAGAAUGAUUUUUUGGCAUACGUUCAACAGCGAAAGCUAGCCACAGAUCAAAUUUACAAUGCUGACGAGUCGGCUCUGUUUUACAAGGCCCUCUUUGGGUAUACACUGGCUCACGAUGGAGAAGAUUCUGCACCGGGAUUUAAGACGGCUAAGGAUCGUAUAACUUUUAUGCCAUGUGCCAACGCAUCAGGAACCCAUAAGUUACUGAUCUUCGUUAUCGGUAGAUCGAAAGCACCAAGAGCCUUUAAGAACGUGGAAAUUCCAGUUGAAUACGCAUCUUCAAAGAACGCGUGGAUGACGAGGGAAAUAUUUCAAAAAUGGUUCCAUGAAUCAUUCGUUCCAAAUGUUCGACGUUUCAGCAAAGAAGCUGAAAUCGAACCUAAGGCUGUACUUCUCCUCGACAACUGCACGGCACACCACUUCAAACAUGAACUGAGAUCAACCGACGGCCUGAUUGAAGUGAAAUUCUUACCUCCCAAUGUUACACCACUUCUGCAACCCAUGGAUCAACAAGUAAUCCAAAUCAUUAAAACGAAAUACCGAGAGAUGCUUUACAUGGACAUUAUCUGUGACCCUGAUAACAGCGAACAGCGGCUUAAGAAGAUCAAUCUGAAAGAUGUUUCAUAUUGGUUACACGAAUCUUGGAUGAACGUUUCCCAAAAAGCGAUUCAAAGAUCUUGGAAAAACAUAGGAUGGACUGUUGGAUCGAGCCUACUGCAUGAAGAUGAUGUCCCUCUGCAAAUUUUGUUCAACUCACCGAAAGACACCGAAGCAGUUAAAACAGUGAAAUAUGAUGAGGAAGAACUUUGCGUGGAUGACUAUUCCGAUGCUGACAUUAUUGCUCUAGUUCGUAAUGAUGGAACAAAUGACUGUGACGAAGACGAUGAUAUCGAUGUCAGAGAAGAAAGAACAGACGAGGAUUCAUUUUUGGAAGGAUUGAUUCCUGCUGAACCGCCGCAGCUGACACGAACACAGCAGGUUGCUUACGAUUUGAAUCGAAUCAUUGAUUGGGCCGAAGAUAAACAUCUGGAUAUGGCUGAUAUUUUGCAUCUUCGAAAGAUUCGCAUUAAAGCUCAGCAGAUGUCUUUGAACGAUGAAUGAAUUUUGGUAAACACUUUUCCGAAUUUAAUUUUUUAUUUGUCUUGAAUUGUUACUGAAUAAACCAUGCAAAAAAAAUAAAAAACUGUUUUCUUUCAAUCUGACAAGGGUGAGGGUCUGU